CCCAUCGACGGCUACGUCGAUCCAAACUUUCCCAACCCCAACGGCGACUGGGAUACGCCCGUCAUCAUCUACGGUUACACUCCCGCCUUUUCGCUCGCCGUGUUCGCCGCCGUCUGGUUCGCCGUCUUCCUCGUCGUCCACCUCUUCCAGACGAUUCGCUUCCGGAGCUGGUACUUUAUCACGUUUCCCAUCGGUCUCUUGUUUGAGAUUGUCGGAUAUAUUGCGCGCUCGCUUUCAGCCAAGGAUGAUCCGUAUCAUCUUCUAUACUUUAUCCUCAACUACUUCUUUAUCGUCACGGCACCCGUCUUCCUCGCUGCGGGAGUGUAUACCAUCCUCUCGGCCUUGAUUCCCCGACUUGGACGUCGAUACUCGUUCCUCCCGCCCAAGGCCAUCUUGUGGUUCUUUAUUACCUCCGAUGUUAUUGCAACUGUGGUCCAGAUCACAGGUGCUGCUCUCAUUGGUGUUCGACAGUCGAACCGCGACGAUCCCACAGACGCAAACAACAUCCUCCUCGGCGGUCUAGCCUACCAGGUCUUUUCCCUCGGCGUCUUCGUCAUCUUGACCGCGAGCUUUCUCUUCCGAAGCCGACAAGAGAUUCGCACACGAGGUCGAACACUCACCAGUUUCUGCGCCGCAUUCGCAGUAGCCACCAUCCUCAUCUAUCUGCGAACGUGUUUCCGUCUGGCAGAGACGGCAGAGGGAUUAGGCGGUCACCUCUAUUCCAACGAGAUUUACUUUGCUUGCCUCGAGUUUGCUCCCGUGGCGUUGGCUGUGUUGCUGUUUGCUAUCUGGUAUCCUGGACGGUGCGUGGGUAAGAAGGUGGGGGUGAAGGAUCUGGAAAAGGAGCAGCAGAGCGCAGUCAAUUUCUGA